AUGACAGUCAACUCAAAAUUUGAAAACGUGGUUGAUUUUAGGAGAGCUUUGAACAACUUUGCAGUUAAAAAUGAGUUUAACUACUACAUUCAGAAAAGUGACCCGACACGAUUCACAACAAGGUGUGAAAACCUAGAGUGCGAGUGGAGAAUUCAUGCUUCUGUUAUGCAAGAUGAAGUUACCAUUGAAGUUCAGAAAAUGGUAGAAGUACAUACUUGCACUCGAAGCAACAAGGGCGGCAAUAAGCGUGUCACUCAAGGAUGUAUUGCCAAUGUAGUUACUGCCAAGUUGAAAUAUGAUGGGGAUAUCUCUCCUAUUGAGCUUAGAAAUUGGAUUAUGAAAACUUACAAUGUUGAUGUGUCAUACCUAAAAGUCCUCGAUGUGGUGAAUAUGGACACCGUGAAAAGACAUGUAAAAAUCCCGCAUCUCAAUGUAUCUAUCGAAGUGAAACAUACACCUCUAAAAGGAUACUCUAAUUUCCCUUUUUUUCAUUAA